GGAAGGAAGUGUGUCUUGCAGAUCAUUCGAUGCACCCUGGCCCCCGCACCGUUCUCCGAGAGCCCAUCUGCUAUCCCCAAAAUUGUCCAGUUUCAGAUCCCCCAAACCAUCAAGAAGUGCCCGUGUCCGUGCCACCGCUUUGGGGGCCAACUUCCGAUGCCUCGGGACCAGGCAGUGAUGCCCUACUGGGUGCCCAGGGUCCUGAGGUUUCAGAAGCAGGUGGUGAAGAGGCAGCCGAGUUUGAAAGGUAGCCAAGAAACCCCCCUGGACGGGCUCCCCCGGCACAGGUGCUGGCAGGUCUGCUGUGACGUGCGCCUCCUGUUCCCAUGGCAGCAGCCCCAGGCCCCUCUCCAGGAUGAGCCGCCGGCCUCAGGGCGGGGAGCCAGCCUCUUGGCUCUGCUGCUGCCCCUUGGCCUCCUGACCCUCCUGCAGGCUGUCAUGAGGCUCCUCCGUCACUUUUGGGGGGUGUGAAGUUGGAAUGUUCAGCGACUGUCAAGAACAUCAGUGAGAGUGUUAGGACAAUCAAGACUUUAAGGAAAGUCCCCAGAUCAGGAAGACUCUGUGAUGUCCGCUGUUUUCUCAUAUGAUGUAAUUAAUACCCUAGAUCCAAUCCAAAUUCUUCAUCAUCAGGGAUUCUUAGUCGUAGUGGAGUUGGGAGAUGUUGUUAUGAAUGUCAAUAAAUAUUAUUUGUGAAGCUCUAA